GAAAUUUUUGCUAAAGCAAAUAGAACAAAACUUUUUUAAUAAUGGCUCAAAUUGCAGAGAAAAAGAAACCCAAUGAUGUUGGUUUAUCAGAAACUCCCAAUAUUCAUGAUCACAUCAAAAAGGAAAUACCCACCAGUUAUUUUCAGUCUAUUAUACAUCUCUUUAAGGGCAACAUUGGACCUGGCCUCUUUGCCAUGGGUUUCGCCUUCAAACAUGGCGGUCUCGUAGUGGCACCCAUACUAACGGUCGUCAUAGCCUUGAUCAGCAUACAUUGUCAGCAUAUGUUGAUUAACUGUUCGGUUAAAAUGAAAAAUCUUAAAAAUACCGAAAAAUAUCCGGAUUUUGCCGAAACUGUCGAGCAGUGUUUUGAAACUGGGCCGCCGAAAUUGCAGGGUUGGGCGAAGAGCAUGAAGACCUUGGUCAAUGUAUUUAUAGUUGUAACGCAAUUGGGUUUUUGCUGUAUAUACUUUGUAUUUAUCAGUACAAAUAUUAAACAGAUUUUAUCGGCCUAUAAUAUUAACGUUGAUGUGCAUAUCGUUAUGUUGGUAACGUUCAUACCCAUUUGGCUGAGUUCCAUGAUUACCAAUCUAAAAUGGUUGACUCCGGUUUCAUUUAUAGCCAACAUUUGCAUGAUUUGUGGUUUGAGUAUAACCUUGUAUUAUGGUCUGAAAGAUGGUUUGCCCGAUGUUGCUGAGCGUAAACUUUAUACCGAUCCCAUGCAGUUGGCUUUAUAUUUUGGUACGGCCAUUUUUGCCUUUGAAGGUAUUGCUUUGGUUUUGCCCCUAAAAAAUGCCAUGGAAAAUCCCAAUCAUUUUGAUCGUCCUUUGGGAGUUUUGAAUGUGGGCAUGUUUUUCGUGACUUUAAUGUUUAUGCUUGCCGGUUUUGUGGGCUACAUGAAAUGGGGCGAAAAUGUGGCCGGUAGUUUGACUUUGAAUUUGGGUGAUACCAUUGGCGCACAAAUUGUUAAGAUCAUGGUGUCCAUGGGUGUACUCUUUGGUUAUCCUUUACAAUUCCAUAUUGCCAUACAAAUUAUGUUGCCAUCAGUAGUACAAUUAUUCAAAUGUUAUACUCAUCCCUUUACCGGAAAUUUAACAUUCCGCACCAUCCUAGUAGCAGUGACCUUGGGCAUUGCUGAAUUGGUACCCGCUUUAGGUCUCUUUAUCUCACUCAUUGGCUCAUUAUGCUCCACUGCCUUGGCCUUAGUCUUUCCGCCCAUUAUUGAAAUCAUUGUAAGACGUGACAUUGCCAGCCAAUCGAUGAGAUAUUUAAUGUACACUAAAAAUGUUGUAAUCCUUAUAUUAGCCUUAAUGGGCUUCUCAACCGGUACCUAUGAAAGUUUAUCUGAAAUUGUUAAACAUUUCGGUGAAGAGGAAAAUGUUCUCAAUUUAGAUUCAUAAGAUUUAGUUAACAAUUAAUUUAAGUAGUUUAUGAAUAAUUAUCAUUAUUAAUAGUGUUAAGUUAAACGAAAGUUAAAUUGUAAAUUUAAAAUUACCUCAAAUAUUUAGUAAAUAGCUUUAAAGCAAAAACACAUACAUUACACAUAAAUACAUUAAUAUACAAUUAAAGAAUUUUAUUUAUUAAACGGUUCUAAACUGU